CGUCCCCCUGCGUUGUGGCGUUGUUGUGAGUAAACUUCCCGCAGGAGCUGCCGUCGUUAGCUUCCUUUAAAAUCACGAUAAUGGAUUAAAUCCCCGAAAUAACCCGAAAACGAAUACCAGCGCGGUUCGGUCAUUUCCGCCAGUAGUCGUUAUAUGUUCUCCCCGGCUAACAGCUGCAGCUCAUCAUGAUGGCGUCCAGUUAUAACGCCAAAGACGAGGACGGACACAUCACCGUGUCCGGGCCCGGAGGAGGAGCGGGAGGAGCGGGAGGAGGCGGCGGGUCGCUGCGGAGCAAGAAGCCCGAGAACACCGCGUUCAAACAGCAGCGACUGCCCGCCUGGCAGCCCAUCCUCACCGCGGGGACCGUGCUGCCUGCCUUCUUCAUCAUCGGACUCAUCUUCAUCCCCAUCGGCAUCGGCCUGUACGUGACGUCCAACAACAUCAAGGAGUUCGAGAUUGAUUACACAGGCGUCGACAUGUCCAGUCCGUGCUUCAACUGCUCCCAGAACUUCAGCUGGAACAGCACACGGCCGUGUACCUGCACGGUGCCGUUCUACCUGGAGCAGCCGUAUGAAAGCAACGUCUUCAUGUACUACGGCCUGUCGAACUUCUACCAGAACCACCGUCGCUAUGUGAAGUCCAGAGACGACAGUCAGCUGAAUGGAAACGUGGAUUCCCUCAAGGAACCCAGUAAGGAGUGCGAGCCAUAUGCUAAACAUGACGGCAAGCCGAUUGCGCCAUGUGGAGCGAUCGCCAACAGCAUGUUUAACGACACGCUGGAGCUGUUUUACAACGAUCCCAACGGCACAAGAGUCCAGAUUCCUCUGACCAACACCGGCAUCGCCUGGUGGACCGACAAGCACGUGAAGUUCAGGAACCCUGGAGGCGACAGCUCAAACAUCACAGCCUCUUUCCAAGGCACCUCGAAGCCUGUGAACUGGCGCAAGCCCGUCUACGAGCUGGACACCGCUGCAGACAACAACGGCUUCAUCAACGAGGACUUCAUCGUGUGGAUGAGAACCGCCGCCCUGCCGACCUUCCGCAAACUCUACCGCAUCAUCAACAAGACGAGCAGCAUGGUUCCGACUCUGCCGCGAGGAAACUACACCCUGGAGGUCGUCUACAAUUAUCCCGUUCGCAGCUUCGAGGGCAGGAAGCGGAUGAUCCUGAGCACCAUCUCCUGGAUGGGAGGCAAGAACCCGUUCCUGGGCAUCGCCUACAUCACCGUGGGCUCCGUCUGCUUCUUCCUGGGCGUCGUCCUGCUCAUCAUCCACCACAAAUGCGGCAACCGCAGCAACAGCGCAGACAUUUCCAACUGAGACCCGCCGCCCUCUGGCUCACCUCUGCUGCAGUGAGGGUAGAAACAAGCAUUAAACAGGGUUUUAGGGUUUAAAGUUGCUUGACGGUGCCUGAUUAUUUGCCAAAAUUAAUAGAAAAGUAGCCAAAAAAUGUACAGCCGCAGUCGAUGUCUAACAGCUUUUGACAGCUUUUACUUCCUGGUAACACAAGCAUUAGAGUAUCAGACUGAUGAGUCACAUGAUCAGCUGCCUUUAGAGAGUUUCUAUCAGGUCUGAAACCGUAGAGAUUUAAUCUGAAAACGUUCAGAAUCUGACAGAAACUGGAAAACGACCGCAGUGCUUUACCGGGACCAAACCACGAGGACACGUCAGUCUAAAUACAACACUCUCAUGCCGUACACUGAAAGAGUACACUUUAGUCACUCCUCCUCCUCUUCAUCCCGACUGCAAAACCUUCUUUCAGAAACGACACUGAUAAACAGCCGUUCUAAAACGUAUCACUUAAAGCUUGGCCUCUGACUUUUAUUGAACGAUUGGUUAUAAAAUAAUUAAUCACUGACAUUUACAUUUACAAAAAACUAGACCCUUUCUGUAUCUGCGAUUAAGGAACUGACGUCUCCACUCGACCACAAACACCGGAGAGUAAGCCUCUCUUAGCCGCUAGCUUAGCUAAUGUUACAACACAGGAAGAACACGGGUCUGGAUCUGCACUUUAAGAACCCCCUGCUGUAAAAGAUCUCGUUCUGCACAAAAAGUUGAUUUUGUUUUGGUAAAAAUACCCUACAUUCUCUGCUUCCAGCUUCUCAAAUGUGAAUAUUUACUUGUUGUCUUUGUCUUCUGUGACAUUAAACUGAACAUUUUGACCAUAUGUGUACUGUAAAAAGCAUUUGGAGGUGUGAACUCUGACAUUUAUGGACCUCAUUAACAUUAAUUUGCACAGAAGGGAUGAUUACACCAACUCUUUAACAUACGUGUAGCCUGUGAAUAUUGUAUUAAGACCAUCCAAACCUGUCCUUAAAGGCUGAUUUUACUGCUUUUAAUCAACAGAUAAUAAAACAAAAUGAACACAUGUAUUUAAUGUUUUUCCACUAGAACUUUAUCCUGACAUUACAGAGAGGCCAUUGAAUUAGCAUAUAGCUGUUUAGCAACAAGGAACAUAUAGAUAAUAUAUAACGUUCUGACCCCUGUAGGAUCUCCGGUGCAGUUGAGGUGAGCUGGAGCGUUUCUUUAAGCUGCAUGCUGGUUAGCAGAGACGUUAAUGUGAUUACCGAGCUGCUUGAGCGGCUCGUCUUUGUGCCUCGGCUCGUCUGCGACUUCAACCUUCUUACAAACUAAAAAUUCACGCUUUCACACGCAAGUUCCACAUCGGAGGGAGCACAAAAUGUUUGGGAGCAGCUUCGUUUCUUUGCGUAUUUAAUUUUUAGAAACGUUUGGAGAGCCAGUGUUUGCACACUGUAAAAAAACAAUUUGACAAAACUCAUAAUUUUAACUGAUUUCACGUUUUAGGUCAAACUUUGAAGUUUUUAAAUAAAAUUUAAAACGUUUUUGCUGACCUACCUUUUUUUUUUAUAAUUUACUUUUCUUUUUUGAGUUUUAAAUACAGAAAAUUCAGUAUUUAACUUGAUUGAUUUUUCAUUAUUUUGGUGCUUGGAAAUUAAAUAGUUGCAAUUGAAAAUAUUAAAUUAUAUAUAUGUAUAUUAUCAGUGAAUAUUGCAAUUAUAUAUAUAUUAAAAUAAAUACAGAUUUUCUUUUUUUACGUUAAACUUAGAAAUUCUAGUUUUUCUUAAGAAGAAAAGUAAGUUAUUAUUAGUUUAUUUCUGAACCUAACAGUUUGACUUAAAGCUUUAGUGAAGACAGUUGAAACUAUGCGAGCUCAGGUGGUUUGAGUCUAAAGGUUUAAAAUGUAAAAGAAUCCAGACACGUGCGUAGACACGUGGUCGUAGCUUCGUUCGUGGUCGUUUACAUGCAGUAAUAAUAGAUUAUAAAUGCAGCAUGAUGAAACUACAUGUGAUUUAAUGUGUUUGUUAACAUGUACACUGCUGACAGUGAAUCCAACGCACACGAGUAGUUUACACUCAAAUCCUGCCAUAUUCAGAUUAAUACAGACUGCAUGUGGAAAUACGCUGAGUAAAAAUGUUUUAUUUAUUUUAAUACAUUUCAUCAACAUGAAUUGUUAUUAUGAAAAGCACUGAAUUUCUUUUGAUACUCAUUUGUGUUGUAUUGUUGCUUUAAAAAAAUAAAUUUGUCAUUUAAAUUAAA